AACUUUUUCCUUUUCUAUCUAUUCUCAAUUUAUCGUGUAGAGGUUUUGUUUUCAAUGCGCGCCAUGUUUGCGAAAAAACAAUUUUGUUUUAUAUUCUCUGUGCAAUCGACAGGACCUUUCUGGGAUAUCUGGGAUGGUGCCUUUCCACGGUUCCGGCAAUUAUCAGGAGAAUUCCCCCCGAUCGGCGGUAACGGCAGUGGAAAACAAGCCGUCGGAAAGGUGUGUGACCUUCAAUAUACGAGGAGGGCGAUCUCGGAAGAUGCAACAAGCGGUUGAUAUCGGAGAGUCCGACAAGACCAUGAGCAUCUGUUGGAAGUCUGGCGGAUUUGGCGGCUUCCGGUCCACCAUGUUGUCCAAGAAAUUUGUCAUCACGUACCACUCGCAGCAGGUCGGUCGGAGCUGCUCUCGAAGCUAAUCGAGAAACCAUCAGCUGCCUCGGUCGUCGUCAUGAGCGAGCUUAAGCCUCGGGAACUGGAUUUGAAAAUAAAGACUACAUCAGGCGUAGCCCGGAUAGGUCUUUUCUAAAAUUGUGAAAUAUAGUGAA